CGCAGGAUUCCCUCUCUUCUACAGUCCCUACUCAAUUUUGUCUUCUUGUUCUUCUACCACAUCCUUGGUAAUUUUGUCUCCCUUCUUGACAUCUUUAACGCUUCGUUCCCAUGGACUUUUAGAUUGUUUAGCAGAAACCAAACACCGACAACAAAAAUGUCCGGUUUUCUAAACGACGAGCUCUCCCGGAAAACCUCAAUUUUUGGUUUAAAAUUUUGGGUUGUUCUUGGAAUUUGCUUUGGAGCCGCCAUUGUCAUCAUCUUGUUCUUCAUUUCACUCUAUUUCACCUCGAAACGAAAAAAAACCUUUCAUAAGACCAAAACAGUACCUCAAAAACCCACAAUCCCAACAAUCACCGACGAAUUUCAACAACCUCGGUUCGACCCGACCCGAAUUCACACUGUUAAAGCUCACGACAACAACAAGCAUCAGCAGCAGGUCGUAAACACAGCAACCAAAUCGGAUACUUUAGCCAUAGUGACGAGCCAUGCAGCUGAAGAUAAUGGUAAUUUCGAGAAGAUCCAGGUAGAAAUUGGAAAGGGUCAUCGCAUUUCUUACCCGGAAAGAAGUGGUGGCGGGUCGUCUUAUGGAAGCGGGUCGGGUGAUCAGCUUUCGGUUGUUUCUGUUCAACCCGAAGUUUCCCAUUUGGGUUGGGGCCAUUGGUAUACUUUGAGGGAGCUUGAGCUUGCAACAAAUGGGUUCUCAGACGAAAAUGUGAUUGGUGAAGGUGGAUAUGGUAUUGUUUAUUCUGGCGUUUUAAUGGAUAAUACAACGGUUGCUGUCAAAAAUUUGCUCAAUAACAGAGGACAAGCUGAGAAGGAGUUUAAGGUUGAAGUGGAAGCCAUUGGACGAGUUCGUCACAAGAAUUUAGUGAGGCUUCUUGGUUAUUGUGCAGAAGGAGCUCAAAGGAUUCUUGUUUAUGAAUUUGUAAACAAUGGGAACUUAGAGCAAUGGCUUCACGGAGAUGUAGGACCAAUUAGUCCUCUUACAUGGGAGAUCCGUAUGAGCAUUAUACUUGGAACGGCUAAAGGGUUGACUUAUCUGCACGAAGGACUUGAGCCCAAAGUGGUUCACCGUGACAUCAAAUCAAGCAAUAUUUUACUCGAUAGGCAAUGGCAACCGAAAGUUUCGGAUUUUGGCUUGGCUAAACUUUUGGGCUCUGAGAAGAGCUACGUGACUACUCGAGUUAUGGGAACAUUUGGAUAUGUUGCUCCGGAAUAUGCUAGCACGGGCAUGUUGAAUGAGAGAAGUGAUGUUUAUAGUUUUGGGAUUCUUAUAAUGGAGAUAAUUAGUGGUAGAAACCCUGUGGAUUAUAGCCGGCCUCCAGAGGAGGUGAAUCUUGUGGAUUGGCUUAAAACAAUGGUAACAAAUAGGAAUGCGGAAGGGGUUUUGGAUCCUAAAUUAGCAGAAAAACCGUCUUCAAGAGCUUUGAAGCGUGCCUUAUUAGUAGCAUUACGUUGUGUGGAUCCUACUGCUCAAAAAAGGCCUAAAAUGGGUCACGUCAUUCACAUGCUCGAAGCCGAUGAUUUUCCAUAUAGAGAAGAACACAGAGGGAACCGGUUGAUGGAGAAAAGAUUCAUUGAAUCGGGUGAUAGUAGUGGAUACGAGAGCAGUAGGGCCCCUGGGAUGUCCAAUUAGGGCUUAAAAUUAACCCGUGAUUAGAAGUUGAGAUCUGUAGAUAUUGUUGUUAAUUCAUUUCAUUCAUGUAAGUUUUACCGUUUUACCACAAUUUGUAACGCCAUUUUGCUUCCACUUGUGUUGAUCGUUGGGGACUUUUCUGAGAAAAAGAAAAAUAGAAAAAUAAAUUAAGCU